AUGCCUGAGAAGAAAGAGCUCUCCGUGGCUGUGGGCCAUGGCUCCUCACGGGGAAUGGGCCAGCCUAAUAAUUAUUUCCAACAUCCAUUUACUUUCUCGCGGGGCAAGAAACUACACAUUGUUGCCGCUGGCAUUUUAUUUAUUUUCAAUGCUGCCUUUGGUUCCUCGCUUCCUUCUGGCGCGAAAGAUGAAAUCGCAGCUUAUUUCAACAUUCCAGUUGACAGCACUUUGCUCGUUCUGCCAACAUCAUUGUAUCUCGUUGGAUUUGCUCUCGGUCCCCUCAUUUUUGGCCCUCUGAGUGAACAUGUCGGCCGCAAACCUGUGCUCGUUGGAACCUUCUCUGGCUACAUUGUCUUCACGCUCGGCUGCGCACUUUCGCCUAAUUUUGCUUCGCUGCUUAUAUUCCGCCUUCUGACCGGAUUGAAUGCAGCCUCUCCAAAUGCUGUUCUCGGUGGGCUGUACGCAGAUAUCCUUGAGAGUCCCCAGACUCGUGGAACUGCCAUGGCACUUUUCAUGGUCGUCACUGCAUUUGGUCCUCAAAUGGCGCCUCUCGUCUCAGGCUUCAUUUCCACUGUCUCGUGGCGCUGGACCUUCUGGGUCGGCCUGAUUCUUGGUGCUGUUUGUUUCCCUCUGAUGGUGUUCAUCCCAGAGACAUAUGUCCCGGUCCUCAAGAAAAGAGCAUUACAGAAGCAGGUCAAAGAAGAAAGUGACUCGGACGACGAUGCUGCCAAUAUCUUGAACUCGAUGCCGAAAGGUGAUGGAAUCUUGACUGUUUUCACACGACCUUUUGUGAUGACUGUUCAAGAGCCCAUUCUCCUUUUCUCUUCUCUUUUCAUGGGUUUCACCUAUGCUGUGUUCUAUCUGUACUUCCAGGCCUAUCCUCUGGUUUUCCAAGACUUAUAUGGACUUUCGGCCGGUAUUGCUGGACUUGCUUUCCUGCCAAUCUCGGUUGGUGCCGUUAUCGCCUUCAUCAUCUUCAUGUGCUACGGCAUGUUCCACACCAAAGCCAAUAAAGCGGGCAAGAAAUGGACAACAGUCGAGGAGUAUCGCCGUCUUCCACUCGCUGCCAUUGACUCCCUGUUGCCAUGUUCUGGCUCGCCUGGACGGCAAAGACAUCCAUCCACCCAAUCACCCCCAUUAUGUCUGGACUUUUUUUUCGGUCUAGGAUAUAUUCUUAUUUUCAUGGCUAUGAUCAACUAUUUGACCGAUGCCUACAAGCAGUACUCGGCCUCAGCUCAAGCCGCUGCCAGCACCAUCCGAUCUACCAUGGCCGUUUGUCUGCCCUUAGCGACCAACCCUAUGUAUAGCAAACUGGGGAUCAAUUGGGCAACCUCUUUAUUGGCAUUUAUCUCUUUGUCUCUGGCAAUUAUUCCAUUCGCCUUUAUGCGAUAUGGUGAGUGGAUCCGGGGUCGGAGUCCGUUUGCUCAGAGAGUUAUGAAGGGAGAGGUGACCGAGGACAGAGCCACGGGUGAUGAGAUGGCCUAA